AUGGAGGAGUCGCAUGUGGAGCCGUUUAUUCUGUUCGAAGGGGAAAAUAACGUGAACAGCGACAAUUUCUGCUACGAGUACAAAGCAAAGUCAAUCAGGAAGGGCCUUUCCAGGACGCAAAGUUAUAGAAAUUUAAGCAGUAGAAGCAGGAUGAGCAAGUGGGCAUGCAAGAACGGAGCCCCCUUUAAUUUUGCAAUUUGGGAAAUAACUCCCAGAUGCAGUUCUCGCUUCGCACAGCUGAAAAAGGAGAAGCUGGAUUUAUUCCUUUCCUUGUACCUUUUGCAGAGCGAUUUGGGAAUGAUCGGGAAGCACAACCUGGAUGAUUUUUUAUACAAUGAAGACCAGAGGCGACGAAGGCGUGACGGGGUCCCCAUGCUCUGGCUGCACGAUUCUACGGCAACCUAUUCAACGUCUAGGACGGUGCAGGGGGGAGUAAAGCAUAAGUAG